UUUUUAAACCAGCCUUCAGUGCACACAGCUGUGCCCAGAUGGGGCUGCUUGCUUCUCACUCUCUUCUCAGCAGCUUCCCGAGCCAUUUAUUAAAGGAUUUUGUUUUUUCCUCCUGUUGCUUCAGUGCCUUUAGACUGAGGGUAAAGAAGGGGAGGCUGCAGUUCCAGAGCUUUGCAUUCCUGGCUGAGCCGUGCUAGUGUUUGCAUGCAGAGCCAUCGUCUCCCCUCCAACUAUUUUAAUCAUUUCAAAAGGGUGGGUCAGCAGGCAUUUGGCAGCGGCUCCUUUUCUAUAGCUGAGGUGGAGUCAGCCAAUGACCUGCAAGCCUGGAAAAUUUUGCAGGGCAGUUCCACUGGACGGCUGUGCGGAGCUGUGCCAUUUGAAUUUCAGCACAGACACUCACUCACUGCGCUCCCCAUUCCUGGCGUGUCUCCCAGUGCGGAGUUUAGCUGAGGCUCGGGCUCAGUUUUCCCUGCUCGCUCCCUGCGGUGACAGCUUCUCCGGGCUCCGUGAGCCAGGACUCCCGAGCGACCAUGGAGGACACCACCUUGCAAAUCAUCGAGCCACCCACGGUUUCUGAGACCUCGGAGGAGCAGGCGCCCGACGAGCCCAUCAAACCAGACCAGAUCAACGGUGUGAUGGUGCUGACCCUUCUGGACAAGAUCAUCGGGGCAGUGGAUCAGAUCCAGCUGACCCAAACGCAGCUGGAGGAGAGACAGCAAGAGAUGGAUAGCGCAGUGACCAGCAUCCAGGGAGAGCUGACCAAGCUGACCAAAGCACACACCACCACCAGCAACACUGUCAACAAAAUGCUGGAGAAGGUGCGCAAGGUGAGCGUCAACGUGAAAACGGUGCGGCAGAACCUGGAGAAGCAAGCCGGGCAGAUCAAGAAGCUGGAGGCCAACGAAGCGGAGCUCCUGAAACGCAGGAACUUCAAAGUCAUGAUCUAUCAGGAUGAAGUGAAGCUCCCAUCUAAACUGAGCAUCAGCAAGUCCCUAAAGGAAGGUGAAAAGCUGGAGAAGGAAGGCGAGGGUGAGGAGGUCCCUGUGGGUGAGGACCAUGCGGAGGAGGACCACAUCCAGCUCUCCUCCGAUGAGGAGGUGGAGAUAGAGGAGAUUAUUGAAGAGUCACGGGCAGAACGCAUCAAAAGGAGCGGCAUGAAAAGGGUGGAUGACUUUAAGAAGGCAUUCUCAAAGGAGAAGAUGGAAAAGACUAAACUAAAGACCAAGGAAAACCUGGAGAAGACCCGCCACAACUUGGAGAAGACCCGCCACAACCUGGAGAAGAGGAUGAACAAACUGGGCACUAAAAUUGUGACUAACGAAAGGAGAGAGAAGAUGAAGAGCUCUCGGGACAAACUAAGGAAGUCUUUCACCCCUGACCACACCAUCUAUGCCAGGUCCAAGACAGCCGUCUACAAAGUGCCACCCUUCACUUUCCAUGUCAAGAAAAUAAGAGAGGGUGAGGUGGAGGUGAAAGCCACAGAGCUGGUGGAGGUUGGUGGAGAGGAAGGGGAAAAUUCAGAUCUGAUGCGUGGGGAGAGCCCCGACAUGCACACACUGCUGGAGAUCACAGAGGAGACUGACGCGGUACUGGUGGACAAGAGUGACAGCGAGUAGGACAGGCUGCAGAGCACAAGGGUUGUGGACGACAGCUGAACACAUUAUCACUCACAUUUCGAGCUCUCCCUGCCCUGGAGCCCCAGGGAAGUGUACACAAUGCCUCCUUACCCUGCAGAGCCGACGCCGAUCCCCUGCCUGCUUGUACAAGGUGUAUUUUAUAUUUUAGUUUUAGCACAUAAACAUUAGGAACACGGAACUGUUUUUCUUACACUACUAAAUCACCCUUGGAGACCAUUCCUGCUGCAGCCUUCUUGGCUCACACCUGAAGAUGGGCUUUGAGUGACAGGGCCCUGACCCAGCUGGAGAGUGCUGAUCCCAAGACAAUGGCUGUAGAGCUGAAAGUUCAAGAGUCCUCCAUAAGAAAAACCUGGUGUCAAGAAAGCUUCCUGCAAGUAGCCCACACCACCCAGCCCCCUGUGCCAGGCGGCACAGCCGCCCUGCAGGCAAGAAGACUCCCAGCACCCAAACCGGCUGCUCCUUCGGGGGACCAGAGGAACUGGGAUGCAGCCGGUGCGCGGGACGGAAGAGCUGAGCAAGUCCUGUUGAUGGGCAGUGCUGAGCUGGCAUGGGGCAGGUGGGGCUGCUCCUCUCUGCCCUCCCAAGGACUGGGUGACCUGGCUGCUGUGGGUGCCCACGGGGGCACAGCUGCGUCCACUGCUCCUCCUCGCUGUGCCCCAGGGCCAUGGCAGGAACAGCUCAAGCUGCAGGCUUCCUGCCCGGGUCACAGAUGUGGCUGCCAGACAUCCAGGGUCCAUGGCGAGUGCCAGGGGCAGGGAGCAGCGUGGAGGUGGGGUGCUGGGUCUGCUCCCUGCACACCCACAGUGGUGGCAGCAGGCAGUGAGCCACACUUGCUGCCCUGGGAGAGGGGGACACCCAGGCAGUGAUGCUGGAGCAGCCACCACGGCCAGGACUUGUUUUCAGAGAGGUAAUCAGAAAGAGACAUUGACACCUGUCCAGCACUGGACCUUGAGCACUUCUGAGCAUCUGCUUUCUGCAGGGGUCCUGGCACAGCUCAGGCUCAUACCCAUGCCCAUGUCCUGUGCUUUCCUCCCUGUGUCCUGCUUUCUGCAGCUUCUCUCCAUGCCCUGAGUGAGGCAGCAUUGAAGGCAGCACACGGUGGCCUGGGGGCUCUGCCUGGCUCAGCCCCGCUUGGCUCUUACAUACUCAGCCCUCGCUGCAAGCCUCAGCCCCUCAUUCCCCAUCCUGCUCCCCCAGCACGAGGCUGCUGCUGUUCACAUAACCUGAUAUAUAAACUUGCUUUUCCUUUAUUUUCCUUCAAAUUGUCCAGUGCUGUCCUGGCCUCGGGGUCCUGCCACAGCUUCCCUCCCCACAGAAGGUGUGACCGGUCGGUUCCGUGUGCCGGCUGCAGGCAGCCCUGAGACACCGGUGGCCCCGAGGCUCCCGGUGUGGCGAGGCACUGGGCACCGGCUCUUGGCUGCUGGUGGUUCCCAGCCCAGUGAGGGCCCCAGCCAGCAGGUCGCCUGCCCUCACGGAGUCUCCUGCGGGCCCACAAGCAGUUUUCACGCGGGUUUCCUCUGAGCAGCAGGGCCAGGGCAGCAGAAGCCCGGGUGAUCCUCACCUGUCCCAGGCUGUGCCCAGGCAGCAGUGCAGCAAUAAAGUCUCUUUUAUAAA